UGAAAAAUAAAACGAUUUAACAAACAUUUUUUGGUGGAUUUUAUAAUUAAAAGUGAGGUAAACUAUUGAAGGAGAUAAUAUUCUACAUGCUUAGAGUCAUAGUAAUUAGUAUAAAGAUAUAAUAAUACUAAUUCAUAAAGUUAUUUCUACCCCAAAAAUGAACGAAAAAAGAUUUUCAAACAUAAAAUUAAAUAAUUGGCUUGUUCGUCAGUGUGCAUCGAUAGGUGUUAAACAACUUACUCAAAUUCAAGAAAAUUGCAUACCUCAAAUUCUAGACGGUAAAGAUGUAGUUGGUGCUGCCAAAACAGGAAGCGGGAAGACGCUUGCAUUUGCCUUGCCCAUUUUACAAAAGCUUUGUGAAGAUCCUUAUGGAAUUUUUGCUGUAAUAUUAACCCCAACAAGAGAAUUAGCUUACCAAAUAGCUGAUCAAUUCGCAGUCAUUGGUAAACCCAUGAACUUAAAGUGCUCUGUGAUAGUCGGUGGUGUUGACAUGGUUGCACAAGGACAGGAAUUAACAAAGAAGCCCCAUAUUGUGGUUGCAACUCCAGGAAGACUUGCAGAUCACAUAGAAAGCUGUAAUACAUUUAAUUUAUCAAAAAUUAAAUUCUUGGUACUGGAUGAAGCUGAUAGAUUAUUGAGUGGACAAUUUGAUGAGCAGAUAAAGACAAUAUUCAAAGUACUACCUAAAAAGAAACAGAGCUUAUUCUUUUCUGCUACCAUUACAGAUGCAUUAGAAAAACUGAAAGAAGUAACUGGAAAUGAAGUAUUUUUUUAUCAAGCACCAAAUGACAUAGCUACAGUUGAGCAGUUGGAACAGCAUUAUGUUUUAUGUCCCCAUGAUGUACGAGAUGCAUAUUUGGUGGAGACUAUUAGGACUUUUCGGAUAAAUAAUGAAUGUGGAAAUAUAAUGAUAUUUACAGAUACUUGCAUAAAAUGUCAAGUUUUAUCAAUGGCUUUGAAUGAUGUAGGAUUUGAAAAUGUUGCCUUACAUUCCAUGAUGCCCCAACAGCAAAGAUUAGCCUCAUUGGCAAGAUUUAAAUCUAACACUAUUAAAAUAUUAAUUGCAACAGAUGUUGCAAGUAGAGGAUUGGAUAUACCAACAGUAGAAUUAGUUUUGAAUCACAAUGUACCUAAAGUGGCUAAGGAAUAUAUUCAUCGAGUUGGUAGGACAGCUAGGGCUGGAAGAGGGGGCAAGGCUAUAACCCUCGUUAGCCCUUAUGAAAUUAAAUUGCUAUAUGCUAUAGAAAAGCUUAUAAAUACCAAAUUAACUGAAUUUAAAAUUGAUGACAAAGAAGUUGGGAAAAUUUUUACUCAAGUAUCAGUGGCAGAAAGUGAGGCGUUUAUAAAAUUGGAUGAGAAGGAUUUUUAUGAAAAAAGAUUGAUAAAUCUUCGAAAAAAAUGGAUUUUAGAAGGUAAAGAUCCAGAUGAAGAAGAAGCAAAGUUGUUAAAGAAAGGGAAAAAACGUCAAAGCUCCAAACAUAAACGACAUAAAAAGAAGAAAAUUCAGAAGGAUACAAUAAAAGAAAGUAAUAGUGAAUUAUAUACAGAUCAUUUAAAAUGUGAUACAUGAAAGAACAAUAAAUAAAAUAUUUUAAAAG